AUGCAGUCGCGACCAGACAAACAGGAUUCUAAAUUCUCGUGGGUGGAAGUCGGACAGUCAGUAACACGAGCUCGAGCGCCAGAAAUCAAGUUAGAGUUGCCUGGGAGGACCAUGGUGGCAUCGGACAGAAGUAACAGAAGCGUCGAGCGGCCUCUCAGGGCACUCCUGCGGCUCAAAAUGCUAGCAGAAGAGCACAGGGCCCUCGGAGACGCGGGUGCUGACCGUCUGGCCACUGGUCGCAAGUACCAGUCGAAUCGCCAAGCCCUUCCAGAAAUGGGAUAA